GCCCUGAUGCAAGCCUUUGAUGGAGAAGCGCUGGAAAAGGUGCCAGCAAGGACCGUGGAGACACCUGAGAUAUACAGCUUGGCACCAGUUGGCAUAGGCGGCAGAACCAAGGUCAACGAGUAUCUGCCAAGGGGCAGGGCAUCAGCUACGCAAGAUGAGAAAUGGGAUGCUCCAGAGAAGGUAGACAUUGAUUUUGCGGUGUUCAUCACGCCCGUUCACAAGAAGGUUGAGAGAGAUGCUCUGUGCCCAUCCAAAGCUUUAGACGAGGAUCCGGUCAGAACGAUGUGGAGCCGAGAUGGGAAUCAACACGGUUACGGCGGAAACUUCUUGUUCAACACUCCGGAGAUGAUGGCCUUCAAGAAUUGGCGCAUCCCACCGGAUCGGCGCAUGAGAGUGCUGGAGUGCGACACUUUUGACUGGUUGGAAGAAAUCAUGAAGGACAAGGCGAUGCGCUCAGGUAAGAAUUUCACUGCAAGUGAGAACCCCUACACGGCCGAAAAAAUGAAGGAUCUUGACGAGAACUGUGGGAUUCCAGAUGAGGCGUGGGUCAACACGUCUUGCCAGGACCUGCAAAAGCUCCGGGCAGAUCACAAGGAUCAGUACCGUGUGUCCUGCAAUCAGGAGCUGUUUGCAUCCAGUACACUGCGAAAGACGCUAUCGCUUCCUCUAAAUGGGAAGUGGGUCUUCGCUGAAAACCGACGUGAAGGGUCGCUCUACAAGCCCGAGUGGAUGUUGGACACGCUGACAAGCUACUUCUUCACUUGGGACUCCACUGCGGAGGACACUGAAAAGCUGUUCUCAAAGAAUGCACCCGCUGGUGGAGACGUACAACUUGUAGAGGACGAAGUCCUUUGCACAGCCCGUGGGCUGAAAACUCCUUGCCCAGUGGAGGUGUUGUACACGGGAAAAAUACUCUACAAGGGCAAGCAUGCAGGAGACAGCAAGAAGGUUCUGCAGAAGACGGGAGUCUCGCUCUCGCACUUGCCGGCAUCAAGUCCGACGGUGCAGCCUAACCUUGAGAUUCACAUGGACAUCGAGCGGACCAUGGAGCUUGUACAGAGAGGCAGACCGCGUUGGUGGUCGAAGGACGAGAAGAUUCUGAGAGAGAUCCUCGAGUGCAAUGUGCGUUCCUACUGGGAGCUGCAUCGAGAAAGUUGUCAGAAGCGUGGAAUCGAGCAGCAGCCUGCAUUUCCGUUCAGCAUUGACCUGGAGGAAGCAAUGGCAGAUGUUACCGCAGCAAGGGACAAGAGUGUGACACUGCAGCCUGGCAGUGUCUACACGAUUGACGUCACGGCUGCCGUGAUUCCAUUGUACGUGAAGGACAUGUUUGGGACAAUCACGCUGUCCACCUUUUACGUUGAGGUGGAGUCUGCCCGGGUGUACUCGCAGGCUCUGAGCUUCAAGGAGCGCAAUCAGGCCCAGGUGCGGCUUAAGUUCAGGCUGAGCGACAAGGCGAAAGCCUUGCUCAAACAGCCAGUUCUUGCCUGGGUAGAUCUGGCAUCAGAAAGCGGCGCCUGGUUUGGUAUUUGGGGAUUGGCGUCUCUGAUCCUGUCAAGCUUGUAUAGCUCAUUGAGGAUGUGGGGAGAACUUGGCCCCAAAGACGGAGAGAUUACCCUGGACGAGAUCCAGGCGAAGCAUGAAAAGAAGCUUCAGAUCUUGAAGAGGAAGGCUGCUCGCAAGAUUAAGGCUCAGCUCGAAGAGGCGUACCAGCAAUACAACAUCGUUGUCAGCUGGCAGAAGGUUUAUGACCUUCUGGUGGAGCCAUCUCAGUCCAAGAACUUGAGGAAGAAAGUUCUGCUGAAAGACGUCCUCAAGGACUCCAAUCCUCUUGCAGAGCUCCCUGCACAUGUAGCCAGCCUGUUGGGAGAGGUCCGUGUGCACCUGGACGAGCUAGUAGAUGUCGACAAGUUGUCGGAGCAUGAUGAGGAUGAGGAACUAAUGCAGCUGGAGGAAGAAGAAAGGAAGCGAAGAGUUCGAUGCUGUGCUUUCUUGUCACACGCAUGA